AUGAAUUCGAUAAUUAAGAUAGAGGAAGAAAAUGAAGGUUUAUAUGGAAUGAAUAAUAUUUCUAAUAAAAGAAAACAAUUUAAAGAAGAUGACAAUGUGAUGGUGGAAGUGGAACAAGAAGAAGUCAAAAUGAAUGAGGUGAAGAAAGAAGCCGAGGAAAAUUAUAUAAAGAAAGAAAAGGAGGAGAAAUAUAUAAUUGAUUUGGAGGAAGAAAGACAAGAAGGAGAUGACGAAUCACUACCAAUCUUUAAAACUGAUGAUCAUCAGCAAUCCAAUAAUGUUUUCAAUCAUAAUAUUUAUAAAGGUAAAAAUGAUAAAGGAAAAUCUAAAAAAAAAUCGUUAUCAUUAUCACCAUCAUCAAAGAGAUCUGCAAUUAAUUAUUCAAAUGAUAAAAAAUCAUUCAAGAAAAAUAAUGUUAUUCCUUGGACAAGAGAAGAGGAAGAAAAUCUCAUUCAACUUAUUGAACAACAUGGUGCAAAGUGGAGUGUUAUUAGACAAGAAAUGGGCAGUCUUCGUGCAAAAGAAGGUUUCACUGUUGUUCUAGGCUCGCAAUGGGGCGAUGAGGGGAAAGGGAAACUUGUUGAUAUAUUGGCACAGGAAGCAGACAUUUGUGCUCGUUGUGCUGGUGGAAAUAAUGCUGGUCAUACAAUUGUUGUCAAUGGGUCAAAAUAUGAUUUCCAUAUGCUUCCUUCUGGUUUGGUUAAUCCAAAGUGUGUGUCAUUAAUUGGAUCUGGUGUUGUUAUUCAUCUUCCAUCUUUCUUUGAAGAAGUAAGGAAAUUGGAAGAAAAAGGAAUCAAUAUUAGUGGUCGUCUCUUUGUAUCUGAUCGUGCACAUCUAGUUUUUGAUUUUCAUCAAAUUGUUGAUGGUUUAAAAGAAAUUGAACUUGGAAUUUCAAGUAUUGGUACAACUAAGAAAGGAAUAGGGCCUGCAUAUUCAACCAAAGCCUCACGUUCUGGUCUACGAGUUCAUCAUUUGUUGGAUCAUGAUUUUUUUGCAGAAAAAUUUCGUCGAUUGGUGAUAAAUAGAAGAAAAAGAUAUGGGGAUUUUGAAUAUGAUAUUGAAGCAGAAAUUAAACGCUAUAAGGAACUAACUGAACAACUGAAACCAUAUAUUAUAGAUGGUGUAGUUUUUAUCCAUAAAUGUCUAAGUUCAAAAAAGAAAGUCUUAGUUGAAGGGGCUAAUGCUUUAAUGCUUGACAUUGACUUUGGAACUUAUCCUUAUGUGACAAGUUCUAACACUACUAUUGGUGGAGUCAUUACAGGCUUGGGAAUUCCUCCAUCUAAGAUCAAUAAGAUUAUUGGUGUUGUGAAAGCUUACACAACUAGAGUUGGUGGUGGUCCAUUUCCCACUGAAUUGACUGAUGAAACAGCUGAACAUCUUCAAAAUGUAGGUGCAGAAUAUGGAACUACUACUGGAAGGAAGCGUCGUGUUGGUUGGUUAGAUCUUGUGGUUCUUAAGUAUUCAACAAUUCUUAAUGGUUAUACAAGUUUAAAUAUAACCAAGCUUGAUGUUCUUGAUGAUUUUUCAGAAAUACAAGUUGCUACUGAAUAUUCUUUAAAUGGAGAAUCUUUGGAAAGUUUUCCUGCUGACUUGAAUGUUCUUGAGAAGAUUAAAGUAAAAUAUGAAACAUUACCAGGUUGGAAAACUGAUAUUAGCAAAUGUCGUCAAUUUACUGAUUUACCAACAAAUGCACAAAAAUAUAUUAAAUUUAUUGAAAAACAUUUAGAAGUACCAGUUGAAUGGAUAGGUGUUGGUGUUAAUCACCCCAGAUUUAUGUGGCAACAAACAUUAAAUUAUCCAUGCAACACUUGGUAG